AUGGCUUUUUUAGUAAGUGGUUCGUUUCUAGUGGACGCUGUAGGUGUAGUGGUGGCCUUAUUGGCAAUAUUAUAUACGUCGUUUAAAUGGAGCUUUGGAUAUUGGAAAAGGAAAAAUUUUCCUUACAUGGAGCCAUCUAUACCAUUUGGAAAUCUGGAAAAUGCUUUGUUACCGAAAAAAGUACCGCUUUUUGAAAGUACUAAGAAAUGGUAUAAUUUUGGGAAAGAAAGAAAAUUGAAGCACUUUGGGUUGUUCUUUGCAACAUCCCCAGUUUAUUUUGUGUUGGAUUUGGGCUUAAUUAAAAACAUCCUAGUCACUGAUUUCGAGUAUUGGGUUGACAGAGGAAAUCCGUAUAAUGAAAAAUCCGACCCUCUUAGCGCGCAUUUAGUUCAUUUGGGGGGAAGCAGGUGGAAAAAUCUUCGUAAAAAAUUGACACCCACUUUUACUUCAGGAAAACUAAAGGUAAUGUUUAAAACCAUUACGGAUUGCGGCGUUUUUUUGGAAAAAGCCAUGGAUGAAAAACUUAUAGAUAAGCAAUCCGUUGGUAUUAAAAACAUGUUGGGAAAUUUCACGACAGAUGUUAUAGGUUCGUGUGCAUUCGGUUUGGAGUGCAACUCGUUUUCUGGGGACUCAGACUUCAGGCGUUUCGGGAAAAAAAUUUUCAGUAACAUAAAAUUAAGAAAGAUCAAAAUAAAUCUAAUGAGAGCAUUCCCAAGGAUAGCUAAUUUUUUUAACAUGAGAAUUAUGGAACAAGAAACAACUGACUUUUUUAUAAACGUCGUUAAAGAUACGAUGCGGUACAGAAAAGAAAACAACGUAAGUCGCAAAGAUUUCUUGCAAAUUUUAAUCGACAAUCAAGCAGAAAAUUUCGCAGGAGACGGCAAUUCGUUGACCCUGAUGGAAAUGGCGGCGCAGGCUUUUGUUUUCUUCAUUGCAGGAUUUGAAACUUCUGCCACCACAAUGACCUUCGCUUUAUUCGAGAUGAGUUUGAACCAGGACGUGCAGGAGAGGGUCAGGCAGGAAGUUAAGGAAGUUUUGGCCAGGCACAAUGGAGAGAUCAACUAUGAUUCCAUAAUGGAGAUGAAGUACAUGGAGCAAGUCAUACAAGAGACGCUAAGGAAGUAUCCCCCAGUACCUGAAAUUACAAGAAAGUGCAUACAAGACUACAAAUUACCUGACAGCGAUUUGGUCAUAGAAAAAGGUACUCUAGCUAUUAUACCAAUCGUUGGCAUUCACUACGAUGAGGACCACUUCCCAAAUCCAGAAAAAUUCGAUACCGAUAGAUUCAGCGAUAAGAACAAACACAAUAUAAAACCGUUUUCACAUUUGGCAUUCGGUGGUGGAAGAAGAGAAUGCAUUGGUGAAAGAUUUGGGGUUAUGCAAUCGAAGGUUGGACUUGCUACUCUAUUAAAGAAAUACAAAUUUACUUUAAGUGAAAAAACUCAAAUGCCUUUAAAAAUGGAUCCUAGCCAGUUUAUAACCACAGCAGUUGGAGGCAUUUGGCUUGACUAUAAAAAACUAUGA